UUGCCGGAACCGUUGCUUAGCUACAGUCUUUAUGACAAGUUUGUCGAAUUAGGAAAGGCGCUUGACACCACAGAUCAGAAAAUUCUGGAUGAGAAAGUGAAAAUGCUGCAUGCACUGUUUGCCCAACUGACUCCAUCCAAUCGGCGUGUGGCUGGCCUCCUCUUUCACCACCUUAAACGCGUAUCGGGAUUUCAGGCGGAAAACCAAAUGGGAGCGGCGAAUUUGGCCACAAUGUUUGGUCCGACGCUACUUCGGCAAAGACCAAAGUUCCAAGUGGCAAACAUGAUGGAGUUCGUAGACAACAAGUGGCUUAUGAAGGUUGUUGAAGUAGCUAUAGACAAGGCGUCGGACAUUUUUGGCCCUACGAAUAAAUUUUCGAUGGGUGUCUUGUUGAAGGAAUUGAAGGACGCAACGGCAACCCGAGAACAACAGAUCCCAAAAGAAACCCCUCCUUUAACUUCUCCUCCUAAAUCUACCAGGGAUGACUUUUUUGCCGAUUUUAGUGCGGUGUCCGCAGAAGCGUCGCCCUCCACUCGUUCAGCUGCAGGGCGAAUAGGCAAACCACUGCCUCUCUACACGCCUUACUCGGAAAGAGUUUCGCCACUGAUGACCGAACUGGAUCAGGACAGGUCAACAACUUCUAAACCCUCAGAAGACACACUUAAGGUGACCUCAUUCAGUAGCCAGUAUUCACCAAGUCCUCGGUCAUCAACUUCUUCUUCCUCUGAGACCAGGCAGCCCAUCCCGUCCCCGGGUCCUACAACUGCUAAGACUGUCACAGCCAAGCCCCCACCGCAACAACCGCAGCAGUCCAAAUCGCCCAGCGCGUCCGAAUCUACUUCUGCUGUAAGCGGACUCAAACGACUUGUCAGUUCCAAGGCUUAUAAUAUUCAGCAGCACUUUCAACAACUCACUGGUUCUUCCUCGAAUGUCUCCUCGUCCAGCAACACUAACAGUAAACCGGAUCCUCGCUCUCCCUCGAGCGGCGUUUCGGCUUUGGUGAUUGUUCAGCCGAAGGUCGGUCGUUCGAAGUCUUCAGGCUCCAGAAAUUCCACACCAGACAAACAUCAGCAAUCAACCCCACUUACUAUGCCUGACUGUUCAUUCAUAGACAACGAUCAAGAGACCUAG